CAGAUUUGGUUGAAAUGCAGUGCUAAUGUAUUUGGAAGCUAACAGUGGAGGUUACGAGCAGGUGCCGCCGUGACGUCACAUCCGCCCCCAGCUUCCUUAUAAAUUAGCGCGGUGGCUGUCAGUGAAGGUGUCAGCCGAGACAAAAGGAGGACAGAAGGAGGCUGCCGCCGGCUCCAUCCUCACUCUGGCACUUUUUUAUUUAGUCCGGAAUGCGUCCAUAAAUCCCUCGACGUUGAUAUUUUGAAAAGUGCGGAUUAACACCGUGAAAGAAGCUUCUUUUUCUGGAGGGAUUUUACUGACUGUUCUUCUCGUGGGGAAAAAAAAUGAUUGCAUUGCUGACUGUGACGCUCCUGAUGAAAUGCGUUCUGUCAUUGCCGGUGACUCCAAGUGUGCUGGAGAAUGACGACGACGCCAAGGUGAUGAAAUGUGUCGUGGAAGCGCUUGCUGAUGUGCUGGCCAGGCCACGCCCCCUACCUGUCAGCCACCAAUGUCUGCAUACGCUGAGGACAGACCAGCGCUUGCUUUCACUUCUUCGCCAUUUCGACUUCCUCAAGGAGCUGCAGGACAUCGCCACCCAUGGAGGGAAAGAGAGAGCCCGGCCACAUGGGGGCGCCAUGGUACCUCAUCAUGUGACGCAAGCGCCUCUGAGCGUAGAAGGGGACGUCCCAGAUCGAUCCAUGUUGGUCGCUUUGGGAGGUCCUGGCGAGCGAUCCAUCCUGUCCCAGAAGAGCAGGACUGCCAGUGAAGAGGAGGAGGAGGAGGAAGAGGAGGCAAGAAUGGAGAAUAAAGCAUCAGGACCAGAAGAAACAGCAGCUAAAGACUUUCACGCUGACGGGGAAGAGGAGGACAAGAGAGAUACCGUCUCACAGCACUCCAAGGAGGACGAGAGUGAUGAGGAGGAGGAGGAGGAGGAGAACGGGAUGAAGAGGAGCACAAAGCAGCAUCACUUCAAGGAGGAGGAGAUGAAGACCAAGAGGAACAGGACUCCAGAGGAGAAGGAGCUGCAGAUGAUUGCUGGAAAGGGACCAGAGGAGGAGGGCAGCGCCGGACGGAAGACAGAGGACGCUGACGUCGGAAGCCUCUCCGCCAUCGAAUCAGAGCUGGAGGACGUGGCUCAGAAGCUCCACGAACUCCGACGAGGCUGAGACGCCGUCCACGUGAGCACACAUCGCCAACUCCGGUCUCACGCUGUUCAACUUCAUUUCCUCUGUCACUCAUCCUUGUGUGUUAGAAGUGAUGUAUGACGGACGUACGGAGGACAUUUUUUUUACCCAUUUUAAAGGCACUGACUGAAAAACUGUUUGAUAAUCAAUCCAGCGGCUGUGAACGCCAAUCACUUCUUGCGUCCAAGUGAUUAAAUUGCAAUAAAAUAAACUUGCUUUCAACAUGUGGACGCUGUCUGCUUGAAUGGAGGUUAUUUCCAGUUUCAAA